CGCAUGUAUGCGAGCGAUAUGAGUCUCAAUUAGAACACUCACAUGAGGCUUCUAUCGCCUGCACGCGUGCGGCACUCACGUGUGCGAGCGAUAUGAGUCUCAAUUAGAACACUCACAUGAGACUCCUAUCGCCUGCACGCGUGCGGCACUCACGUGUGCGAGCGAUAUGAGUCUCAAAGGAGGACGCAUCUAGAUGGUGCUGUGUAGUCACACUGUGACGAUUAUUAAGCACACGUGCACGCACUGUGCAGUCACUGUGCAGACAUUUUGUUAUCUGGGUAUAUAUAUAACGGAAUUUUACUAAGUUUAGAUAUACGAAAUAAUUGUUGCAUUUUACACGACGGAUCAAUUUGCCUCAUUGUAAAUAUCUUAGUAGAUGAAAUCACACAUUAUCUGGUUGUGAAGAAAUUUGAAAAAGUAGAUUCAUUCUACUAUGCUGGUAUUUUAUCUACAGGAGUUCAAAUAUUUAAAUGUUCCACAUUAAGUAGUGAAAUUUUUGGUGUUCAAUUAAAUCAAUUUCGCGUUAAAUGUUAUAAAAUGCCUUAUUGGGGUGGUUUGUCGAUAAAUGAUAAUAGUGAUGAAGAUGAGCUCGAAAUUAGCGAAUAUGUAGUUGCUGCAAUUAUACAUACAGAUGUAUAAAUUAAUAGUUUUAUUUAGCUCAUUAUGUAGAUAUAUAGGUCGUACGCGCUUACAAAGAUGUUAGCGCUUUGUUAUCCAAUAGAAGUGUUUGUAUUAUAUAAAACAAAUUUUUUUAUGGGAUAACAACGCGCUAACAUCUUUGUAGGCGUCUGAAUACAGCCUAUAAUAUAUAAAAAAGAAAUAGAAUCCAGGAUGAUUAAACACAGGUUAGUAUAUUAAUUUAUCAUCUCGUUUAGCUUAAUAAAAUAACAAUAUAGUACUUAAAUUUUCUUAAAACAUUUUAGAUGUUAUCACAUUUCUGCGCUUAUUAAAGUAGAAAUUAUUCUUAAAAUAUAUAACAAUAUAUAUGUAAGUAUACGAAAUAUUAUAAUUUACUUUCUCUCUCUGUCUUAGUUAAUUUACUAUUUUGUAUAAAUAUUUUUUCACAAAAUAGUCCAUACAAUCCAAAUUAAUUUUUUAAAAAAUUGUAUAUAGUAAUUUUGUCGAAGAUUCUAUCUCUUUGUAUAUAUAAUAUGUUUUUAUCGAAUGCUAUGCUCAAAUAACUCUAUUAACGUCUCUUUUUUGACUCUGAUAUUUUAAUAUAUAUAUUUUUUUUCUUUUUUUCCACUUUAUAAUUAAUAAAACAUCUCAAGAAGAGAAAAUUGUCAAUAUAUAGUAAGUUGCCAUUCCGUAAUCAGGGCUGCCAUAAGAAUAAUAUGAUUAAUUUUAUUUUAUCUAUUUAUAAAUGAUUGCCUUUAUUUCACCAUCUUUAUCAUAUAAAUAAAUAUUUAUUUAAAUGGCUAUAUAGUAUAGAAAUCUAAAUAAUACAUUACGUGUCAUCUCUGUUCUGCAUUUGUCCUGCAUUGGCAUUGCAAUAAUGUCCACUUAAUAUUAUGUUAGCCAAUGAGAAUGAUUAUGAUAUAACUUUUAUUGGCAAUUUUCUUUCCUUAAAAUGUAAUUAAUGCUAUCAAUAUGUAAAUUAUAUACAACACCCGUGUGUGUGUGUGUGUGUGUGUGUGUGUGUGUGUGUUUAUAUGAUAUAUAUAUUUCUUUUUUAUAGGAAAAAUAAAAGAAAUGAGCAGUCGUCCUCAACGGCAGAACGUCAAGAAACCGCUACGAUAUCAGACGACAUCAUCAGAGGAAGGGGAAGUAGAAAAAAAUUUAGGAAGAAAAACUCCAAUGGAACAACCAAACAGUCCAUUAAACGACGAUAUCGCUGAAUUAAGGGGAGUAUUGGAAAAUGAUUCUUCUAGAGAUAAUAUGCAUGUUCAUCCCGAUCCACUUAUUAAUUAUACACAAUCAACUACACCACAUGUUAAUAACACAACACACUUGCAUUACACACAACCUUUUACUCAGACAACAUUCAGUCCCAGUGUCACAUCGCAUGCACCAACCUACACACAAUUAUUAAAUGUUAAUCACACAACACAUUCUAAUAAUAGUUUACAACCAAUUAACUAUGCACCACAAAAUUAUAAUUCAGCACAAACAACCACGUACGCUCCACAUACAUCUACUCAUAAACAAUAUAUUAAUAGUGGAUUAAAUACAUUAACAUAUGAUCCUAAGUUUCAUGAUUCAAACAUCUGGCCAAAUGAGAGUCAUCGCCAAAGUUUUGUACCACCAUCACAAACUUCACUAGAGUUUUACAACGUUAAGCCGGAAAUUCAAGCAAUACAUGGAAGAAUUGAUCAAUUGGCUUUGGAAAUGAAAUCGCGAUGCUCGAGAUGAGAGGAGGACACGCAAGGGGACGGGGGAAGCAUAGGCGCCUUUCGUCAAUCCUCAAUCGCUGGCACGCUUUCGUGGCAGCCUUGGAGGAAGAGAGACGGACGCCUCUCUCUUUUUAAUAACCGAGUAGCGGCAGGCGUAGCGAGAGCGACCGAGCCGGCCCGAGACUCGAGGUACGAACCCGACCGACUCGGGUGCUCGGCGGUGUUCGGCGGUGCUCGGCGGAGCACCCGAGGUGCUCGCGGCCCAAAACUUGCACCACUGCCUUCGACCGGCCGAAAAGCACUACUCGGCUACCGAAAAGGAAUGCCUCGCCGUCGUAUGGGGAAUCGAGAAGAUGCGGCCAUACCUGGAAGGCUACAAAUUCAAGGUGAUCACCGACCACUUCUUGCUCAGAUGGCUCUCUGGACAACCCGACCGGCCGCCUAGCCCGCUGGGCCGUGGCACUACAGCAGCACGACUUCACCGUUGAGUACCGGAAGGGGGCCCUCAACCAUGUGCCGGACGCUCUGUCGCGCGAGCCCCUUGAGAAGGGGAAAGAAGAAAAGACAAACACCGACGGACAGGACCUAGCAACCAUCUUGCCCUGCAAAUGGCAACGGAUACUACAGGCCGUGUAAGAGGACCCGCGCAGGUAUUCGGACUACCGAGUGCAAGACGACCGCCUAUACCGCCAUUUCCACGAACUCGACCGACGAGAACACCGAAGCGUCCGCCUGGAAGCUGUGCCUGCCGCUACCGCUAAGGGAGGAGGCACUGAGGGAGUGCCACGACGCCACCACCGCAGGACAUCUGGGAAUAACGAAGACCCUCGCUCGACUGGCACAGCGAUACUACUGGCCGGGGAUGUUUCAACAAGCCGCCAAUUAUGAAACAAGACAUGACCGGGAGAGUAUAUAAGGCGCGACGGGUUACGAAGAAAGAACGACAGUCGACAUGGGGAAGCACAGGAGCACCCUCCAAGAGCGCCUCACACGCGCCAUCACCGGGCUACCGCGCAUCCCGGUGAACAAUCGGUUGUUCGAGGCAACAGCCCUUCCGUCGCAGCCGAAGCAGCCAGACGACCAGACGACCAACCAGCCACCCGCCGCCGCCCAGAAAGCGCCCGUUCCGACGCUGCAAGCGACCCGACGGCCGCCGACCAUCCGCCAACGGACCGUCCGCUCACGGCAGGAGCAGCUGUACGAGCCGGCCCCCGACUACGCAGCCACCGCUCGCCAAGCCGCACUACUGGCAACUUUCGAGUCUACCCUAUCAAACCUCGACGACGACAACGAUGACGGCAACGAGCCGUCCACCGAGGAUAACCACCGAGCACGUGAUGCCCGCACCGACACCCAUUGCCGGACAUUGCGUCCCUGACGAUCGCGGGGCCCAGCACGGCCCCGCCGGAGGCCGCCCCGCCAGCGCCGCCGCCGCCGUCAGUGCUGCCGACUCCGCCACGGUCCACGCCGCCACCAACACCGUUGCCGAUGACGCCAGCACCGCUGCCGACACAGCCAGCACUACUGACGAUGACACCAGCACCGCUACCGACGCCGCCAGCUCCACUACCAACUCCGAGGUACUUUACCGGACCCUCGCCGCAGGAGAUCACCCCAGCAGCGUCACCGCCGCCCGGACCACCGAUCCCACCAGCCGUCGCCGCCCCGGAGUGGCCCUUCCCUGAAGACGCCCUCCGAACCGUGCCGUGGGACCGCAUCCGCCCCGGAUCGCCACCACGUGCACGGGCGAAAAAUUGUUAUUCGGCGCCGCCGCGACGGUUCGUGGUUAUUAAAAUAAAGUUUUCUUUGCAUAUAAGGAUAGGGUCUGCCGAGGGGGAGGUGUAACGAGCCGUUCCCCCGCUGCCGCUAAAAUGGAGGUAAGGCCGUUACCCCUACCUCGCUCGCUCCCUCCGCUCUUCUCUGUUUCCCUCACCACCGAGUGGAGGGUAUAUAAACCCUCCACUCGCGACGGAAGGCAGAGCUUUAGCGGUCCGCGCACUGAGCAAACCGAGCCUCCUGGUGAAGUGAGCCAGGCUUCCUAGCGCGCACAUUGAGCGCCAUAACCUAACACUUGAUCCUUCCCGGCACGCAGUGAGUGCCUUCCUGACCGCGUACCGAGCGGCAACUCACUAACACGUCCCGCACCUAAGCUCUCGACCGCGCAUUGAGUGGUCGCACGCGUCGUCUCACCCGGAUACCCCGCACUGAGGGGAAAACCGGCACCGCGAUCUGUCACCCACGCGGGGUGACUGAGCGAUAGCGUCAACCGAUCAGCUGAUGCAUCGAGCAGCUGAUACCGGGCACCGUGCCGACGAUCGCGCCGAUUCACAACGCCGCUAGCGUCAGGCCUUAGGGCCACAGCGUACCACCGCACCGCUGCCGCCGAUACCGCACCCGCUGCCAAUCGCCGCGCCGACCGACCGGCGCGCACGCCGCCGUAGUCAACCGAAGCAUUACGCCGACACCGAUCGCACGCACCGCCGCCAUAGCCAAUCAGGGCACCGCACCGAUCACGCGCAGGCACACGAGCGCAUGCCGCGACAUAGUCGCCAGCACACGACACACGGACACCUCGCAUCUCGAGGCCGCACAUUGUAAAUAGUAGCUUAGGGCAUUGUACAUAUUAGCAUAGGAGUUAUUAUUAAUAAAACAUAGUAUUAGACCAAA